AUGGAUUUGUACAGUAAUGAGGGGUGUCAAUCCGACGCUGAUAACAAGUUUGGUCCAGUGAUGGUGGCAUGUGCCCGUAGUUUUGACUUUACAUUGCUCUUCGAGCAAGCUAUACUUUCAGUUGUUCCAAGCACUAUCUUUCUACUUCUUUCACCAUGGAGAAUUUGGUUUCUUCGAUUGUCCAGUCAAAAGACGAAAUCGAGUUGGAUGUCGAUUGCAAAACCGAUAGCAUCCGUGGCAUUGAUCUCGGGUCAAAUAGCACUUCUAGUUUUCUAUACUCAGUCAAUUACCAUUCGAACACGGUUCUCAAUACCUACAACUACAUUGGAUCUUUUGGCUGCUGUAGCUAUUGUACCGCUCUCUCAUCUUGAACAAUAUCGUUCUGUGAAGCCAUCAACUCUCAUCAGCUUGUAUCUUGCUUUUUCGGCAGGUCUUGAUAUUCCUCAAGCUCGCACAUUGUAUAAUGUUCCCGGGCAGCUACACCUUGCAAUCGUUUUCUCCUAUAGCUUGGCGGCUAGAAUCACGUUACUAUGCCUUGAAGCAUGGGAUAAGAGGGUGUUCCUCAUGGAACAGUAUCAGACAUUGGCUACCGAGGCAACUAGUGGUAUCUUUAGCAACAGUCUUUUUCUUUGGAUGAAUGUGCUUUUCAAGCGUGGUUAUAACAAGGUAAUAUCAUUUGAAGAUCUCGGCCAAAUUGACAGCAAUCUCGAGUCUGCAGCAUUACACCAAAAACUUCAAGACUCAUGGAAACAACGAAACCAUGAGGCCAAGAUGCCUCUGCUGAGAAGUCUAUGGAAAGCCCAUCGAUGGUCAAUCUUAAUGCCUGUCUUACCUCGCUUAUGCUAUUCUGGAUUUUUGUUUGCGCAGCCAUUCCUUAUUGAGCGAGCAAUCAGUUAUUUGAGUCAGCCGAGUGAUGUUCUGGAAGAAGAUAUUGGUUAUGGGCUUAUUGGGGCGACGGCAUGUAUCUAUCUCGGAAUAGCGAUUUCGAAUGCCUUAUAUCGGCAUCAUAUCUAUCGAAAUGUAACAAUGGUUCGAGGAUCGCUCGUCUCAUUAAUCUACACUAAGAGUUUGUCUAUAGAGAACCAGAUGGACGAUCCAUCAUCUGCUCUCACACUUAUGAGUACCGAUGUUGACCGAAUUUGCCAGAGUGUAGUCAUGCUUCACGAUCUUUGGUCUCGGCCUUUAGAGCUGAUCCUUGGGAUUGUUCUCUUGGCCUUUCAAAUAGGCUGGGUUUGUACCAUGCCACUGGUCGUGAUUUUCGUCAGUGCUAUACUCGAUUCAAGAGUCACUUUAAUGAUUGGGGGCAAAGUCAAGAUUUGGUCAGAUGCCGUCCAACAGCGGAUGUCCUUGACAGCUGAUAUUUUAUCCUCAAUGAAAAGCGUCAAGAUGUUGGGCAUGACAAGGCCAUUGAGAUUUCUACUGCAAAACGAAAGAAAGAAGGAGCUUACAUUACAAGCAAAAUUUCGGUGGUCCACAGUGUGGCUGAAUACUCUAGGAAACAUGCCUCCAGCCCUCGCUCCUGCAGUCACUUUUAUCGUAUACGCGAUCAAGGCACGCGUGACAAACUCGGGCCCACUCAAUAUUUCUCAAGUCUUCACAAGUCUUGCGUUGAUAAACCUUGCUACAACUCCUGCUUCAGAACUUAUAACUUCCUUUCCAUUUGCAGCCUCUUGUCUUGGAUGUGUAGAAAGAAUUCAAGGGCACCUGCGAAGACAAGAUCGGCACGAGAAGCGAAUCCUGAACCCCAAAAGAAAUCUGCUGCAGGAAAACAUCAAAGAUGGACACGAUUUAAGUGUAUCUAUCGCGUGUUUGUCAGGCAUAUGUAUUUCAGUGAACAAUAGUGAGAUUCCUCUUUUGCGCGAGCUUGACUUGGUGUCUUCUCAAGGCAGCUUCACUAUGAUUUUAGGCCCAAGUGGAUCCGGAAAAUCAACGUUAUUAAGAGCGAUACUGGGCGAAACAAAGUACAGCGGUACUAUCUCCAUCAAUUCCAGUCGAAUAGCAUACUGUCCCCAAACCGCAUGGCUGUUUGUGGGUACUAUUCGGCAGAACAUUUGUGGUUUAGAAGUAGACACAUUCGAUGAAGCUUGGUACAGAUCUGUACUUCACGCUUGUGUACUUGACGAAAUGAUCUUUGGCUUGUCUAAUGGUGACAAUACUCUCGUUGAAGGGCAAAGCUCUGGUCUCAGUGGUGGUCAAAAACAACGUCUCAAUAUCGCUCGAGCUUUGUAUCACCGACCACAACUGAUUCUGUUUGAUGAUGUUCUCAGUGCCUUGGAUAUGAAGACUGAGAUACAAGUUAUGACCAGAUUGUUUGGAAGAGAUGGUUUAAUAUCAAAGCUUGGAGCUACAGUUAUAUUUGUGACUCAUUCAACACGCUGGGAAACGAUUGCAGACAAUGUCAUCACGUUAGAUGGGUCUGGUAAUGCGGCAAAGCACUCCAAGAUCCCUGAUCUUCAAGCCAAAGUUUUACCCACGGAAUUCGAUUUGCACCGUUCUGUGGAUCUGAACUCGUCAGACAACGUGGAUACAGGCCAUAUAUUCGAUAGUAUUUCUACAGGAGAGAAUUUGCAAGCACUUGAUUCCAGCAAUGGUAGGAUUUCAGAAACCCAGGCGCUUAGUGAGGACCAUAUCGUCGAUAUUUCUCUACGCGAAAGCGAUUCAAGAGAUUAUGUCUACUAUUUCAAGAGUGUUCGAUGGCCAACAAUAUUAAUGCUUUUCUUGUCUGCUACCGCACAGACUAUAUGUCUUUACAUGUCUCAAGCAAUACUUAAUUGGUGGGCAGCGGACCAUGGCUCAAAUGAAGAAAAAUGGCUCCCAACAUACCUCAUCUUGGCUAUUGGGAAUGGGGUAAUGUACGGGUGUACUGCAUGGAUCAUGUUUCUCAAACUAGUACCAGAAUCAGCCGCCAAUCUACACCUGAUAUUGCUCGACGUGGUAAUGAAUGCGCCUUAUUCAUUCUUCACGAAAACUGAUAUCGGAACAAUACUCAAUCGUUUUAGUCAAGACAUGACGCUUAUCGAGUCUCAACUACCUACUGGAGUCAUGUGUACAUUGAUGUAUUGUUUAUGGACAAUUGGAUCCUUGUGUCUCAUAUCUCUUGGUUCAGCAUGGAUGGCCAUAACAAUUCCAGCAGUAAUCAUUACACUUAUCUGCAUUCAACGCGUCUACCUCCGAACAUCUAGACGACUUCGAGCUAUUGAAUUAGAAUUGAGAAGUCCAAUAUAUUCUCACUUUAUGGAGACUCUGAAUGGAUUGUCAAGCAUCCGAGUUUUGGGAUGGCAAGAACAAUUCACAGAUUCCAUGAUUGAAAAAGUCGACAAAUCUCAAGUUCCUUAUUAUCUUCUCUACUGUGCUCAGAGAUGGCUUCAGCUAGUAUUAGAUCUAGUAGUCGCCGCUCUAGCCAUAAUCGUCAUAGCACUGGCCAUCAAACUACGCAAAUCCACCGAUCCAGGAUCUCUCGGGCUCUCCCUAAACAAUGUUCUAAGUUUCAACGAAACCCUAAGUUUUCUCCUCCAAUACUGGACACAAUUAGAAGUUUCCCUCGGAGCCAUAUCGCGCACCCGAGGAUUCGCACAUCGCACUCCCUCAGAGCACAAACCCCUCUCUCUCAUUACCCUCCCACAAGACUGGCCCGAACACGGCACCAUCGAAAUCCGCAACCUAAACGCGAGCUACACCCCCUCCACCCUCGCUCUAAACAACAUCACCCUCUCCAUCCACGCCGGCGAGAAAGUCGGAUUCUGCGGUCGCAGUGGCAGCGGCAAAAGCUCCUUACUAUCCUCCCUUCUUCGACUCCUAGAAAGCUCCAGCGGAUUCAUCACAAUCGACGGUAUAGAUCUCUCCAACAUCAACCACCAAACUCUUCGCGAACGACUCCUCACCGUCCCUCAAGAUGCAUUUCUAAUCCAACAGACCAUCCGCUAUAAUCUCGAUCCUCUAGCACAAUACACCGAUCCUCAACUCAUCGCCGCUCUUCAAAAAGUCCAUCUCUGGUCCCUAUUCUCCCCACUCAACGGCCUCAAUACAAUCGCCUCCUCUAAUUUCCUCUCCCAAGGACAGAAACAACUCUUUGGCCUGGCACGCGUGAUUCUCGGCGCAUCGCGCAGAGAAGUUAAAGGGGGUAUUCUACUACUCGAUGAAGCAACAAGUAAUAUAGAUCGGGAAACCGACGAAAUGAUGCAGAAAAUCAUUAGAGAAGUGUUUAGAGGAUAUACGAUAUUGAUUGUGGCGCAUAGAUUGGAUAGUAUUAUGGAUAGCGAGCGGAUUGUUGUUCUUGAGAGGGGGAGAGUUGUGGAGGUGGGGAGUCCGGAGGAGUUGCUGGGGAGGGAGGGAGCUUUUGCUGGACUUUGUGGUGCGAGAGGAAGGGAGAGGGAGAGAGAGGGGUGA